UCCCGCCCCGCCGCCUCAGCGGGCGCCGCCAUGGCGCGGGCACCGGGGCCGUCCGCCGCUCCCCUCGGCGCCUUCCUCAGGGACUUCCCGGCCCCGCUGGGCCCGGGCGAGCCGCUGCCCUGGAGCUCCGCGGGGAGCGGCGCCCUGAGCAGGGCCGAGGUUCCCGGCGCGCUGGCCGAGCGGGCGAGGAGCCUGUUGGGCGGCAGAGGUGUUUCACCACUUCUUGCAGCAUCGUUGAUCCAUGCUGCUGUUGAUGAAGUUCUGCAAACAGACUUGACUGAAUUUAAGCUGCAAAAUGUGGAAACAGAGGGAGAAGGAGAUGAGGAAAGGUUCACCUUGCUGGAUGGGGAGCCGCUGCAGCGCUGCUUCUUUAACAAGCUUCGGGACAUUUGCUCCGAGUGGCACAAGCAGUUGCCAUCACUGAGACCCCUGGAGCGGUUCCUGCUUGUUUCCAUUCACGCCAUCCGUAACGCUCGACGGAAAAUGGAGGAUCGCCACGUUCUGCUCCCGGAGUUCAACCAGCUGUUUGGGUUAUCAGAUGAUGUUGACCGUGCUUACUUUGCGGUAUUUGAUGGCCACGGUGGAGUGGAUGCUGCCAAUUACUCAGCAACCCAUUUACAUGUAAAUGUUGGGUUACAUGAAGAGAUUGUUAAGAAUCCAGCUGAGGCCUUGAAAUGCUCUUUCCAGAAAACAGAUGAAAUGUUUCUUUUCAAAGCCAAAAGAGAGAAGCUGCGGAGUGGCACAACAGGGGUGUCUGCGUUGAUUGUAGGGAACAAGCUGCACAUAGCAUGGCUGGGGGACUCACAGGUGAUGCUGGUGCAGCAAGGAAAAGCUGUGACAUUAAUGGAACCUCACAAACCAGAAAGAGAAGAUGAGAGAGCACGGAUUGAGACUCUGGGUGGCUGUGUAACCUACAUGGACUGCUGGAGGGUUAAUGGUACCCUGGCUGUUUCCAGAGCAAUUGGUGACAUAUGCCAGAAGCCCUAUAUCUCUGGGGAUGCAGAUGGAGAUUCCUUUGAGCUGACUGGUUCAGAAGAUUACUUGCUCCUGGCCUGUGAUGGAUUCUUUGAUGCCAUCAAGCCCUAUGAGGUUGUAGACUUGGUCCUGGAGCACUUAAUGCAGACCAAAGGAGAGGGGCUCAAAGCAGCAGAAAGACUGGUGGCUGCUGCCAAGGAGAACGGAUCCAGUGACAACAUCACUGUUCUAGUGGUGUUCUUGAGGCAUCCCCAGGACAUCUUGGCAGACUGUCUCAGAGACCCGAAGAGCCUUGGGGCUGCUGCUGAUGCUCAGAGCUCGCCCUUUAAUUUCCUCGGCUGCAAGCCAGCAGCCACACAGUGACAGAGUCUGUUUAGUCCAGAAUGGUCAGAUAAAUUCACAUAAGGAACUACUUUCCACUGAAGAAGCCUCUAAUACAGUAGGCAAAAUGUAUCAGGAAAAAUGACAAAUGGACAAACAUGGAACAGAAAGGCAAGGCCCUUUUUACUAUGUUCCCAUUUGUCUUUUCCUUCCUUCCUUCCUUCCUUCCUCCUCCCUUCAAAAAACACUGAGCAGACGUGGAGGUUUGUACAGUUAUUUCAUCUCUGGGAGCAGACACUAAAGUGUGUCCCAGGGCUGCUGGUCAUAUAUCCCUCUACCUUGGAAGUGGUAAGAAACCAUAAUAUGUAUAAGCUAAUGGGUAAGAAUACCUGUUUAUGAAUUCUGAGUGAAAAUUUAAAUUAGUGCUUAGAAAGAACACUGUAUGUUGUAUUUAAUUGUAAUGUUACUUUGGAGGUUGGAGGGGAGAAGCUGUUCCCAUCACAGAAAACUUCCUCCUGUGUGUGUUCUGUAGGAACACGCUUGUUGUGUGAGGGACUGGGUGACCAGAGUGCUGUGUAAGGUGCUUUUGGUUUGUACCAAAGAUGAUAUUACAAGAAUGGUGCAGCCUCUUUAUUCAAACAGAAACAUUUAAUUUUGUGUGUAUGGAGAGCAGAAAAUGAAAACUGGAUGCUCCAGAAAAAGAGCAGGAAAGCUAACUAGAAAAAUCCCAGGGAAAAUGGUAGAAAAUGAACUGCUUUCUGUGGUGCUCUGGUUUAUAAACUGGAAUCUGAUAUUUAACUGCAGUGGAUUAUUCUCCCUAACAAACAUGCUUUAUUGGCUGUUUGGCAACCUGAAAAGAAAGGACCCCUCAGGUUGUAUUUGAGAGAGAUCUUUACAGUACGUGUGCUCAAGCAGGUAAAUGUGCUCUUCCUGCCACUAUUUUGUGUACUAUAACAAAGGAGAAUUUUAUUUUUAUUGUAAGUGGCUUUUUAAUUUUCUGAACUUUACAGUUGGAGGAAUGUUUUGCAGUGUUACUUUAUUUUGUUGUGGUUUUUAUUUAAACUGGAAUUUUAAAGAUGGCUCUGUGUUUAUUAUCUGGUAUAAAAAAACUGACUACCCUCAAGUGCCUUAAAUAUUUCACCCAAGGAUUGCUGGCUGCCUAUCACAUGAUAAGCUAGCUUUUACUGUUUUUAAAAUGUGACUUUUUUAUUUCAGUAAUGCACUUAAAUGUUUCAGUUUUGUGAAUUAUCGUAGUAGUAACUAGGCUUCAAGAAAACAUGUCUUUCAUUGUUGCCAAAUGUUGUGGUUUAAGCUUCACUUGAAUUACUCCCUGCCCAGUGCAAAAAGCUGUAGUGAGUUAAUCAUAAAGUAACAAUCUGACUCACCAUGCCUUUCAUUUAAAAACAAGUAACUUCUGACCUUCACAAGAAAAUUCAGUAACACAAACUAGAAACAGUUUAGUAACAGUUUUUAUUAAUACAUACUUAAUUUGGCCUUACUUCCUGAACCUUUGGAGUCUAGAUAACUUUCUAAGGAACUGUGAAGCUCAGAGGAUGUAAGAGUCUUAAUGAGUGUGGAAGGUGUUGCACAGCUGUUCCAUUCAUUCCGUGCUAGAGCCUCUGGUUGUGUUGUGUCUUGCCUGGCUCGCGGGACUCAGCAAGAUCUGAAGGCUCAAUGGUAAAUUUGUUAUUAAUUUCAGUGUCUAAACAAAAAGCAUUUUGCAUCUAGCAGCAAGAUUGUAAGCCUAACUUAGAAGCACAUGUUAUUGCAACAUGCCAGUCCUGUUGAUUAAAAUAUGUUGAACAUUAAUGUUGCUUAGGGAGGAAAUUUAGGUAGAAGGGAUGGCUCAAGGGAAGAACAGAGCAGCAUUGGUUGUGUUCCCAGUGUCUCUGGAUCAUUGACUGGUGUGGAGCAAUGCAGUGACCCGAGUGAGCUGAGGUUUUUGCUGGAAUGCUACAGAUGAUCUUGUGGUUUAAUGUAGGAACUGCUCAGUUCCUCAAUGAGCUACUCUCUCGUGACACAGCAGCUGAGAGAGUGACUGCCUUGUUUCGCUAUGCGACAACGGGAGCUUUUCCUCUGAAAAGGAUGGGAGCAGUUUUCCAUCCUACAUUUUGGUGUCCUGAAAUGUGUGGGGAAGGCUUUCUGUGAUGGCAGCCUGGGAGGGUGGGUAUCAGUUUUUGUAGUGAACCUACUUCAGUUAAGAAAACCCUUUGUAGUAAUCCCUUUGGAUUUAUCGUCUCAUCUCUCUUUGAUUUCUAACCCAGAUAUUCAAUGUCAUGCUAAAUUCUGAUGACCACUAGUGCCUCUUGGUGUCUUGGAAAUAGUUCUCAGUAUUAAUAUGGUAAGAAUCACACAGAAUUGUUUGAUUUCAUUGCUAUCUGAGGUUUAUCAGGAGAGGGGGAAGCUAUUGUAUUCAUGAAGGGAGGUGUGAAGUGUUGGUAAGUUCAUAGUAUGGUUUAAUAGUUUCUGAAAUUUGCCAGACUUCCUCAAAGAUGGAGGGGACUGAACAAGCCAAAUUCUUUGUGGUGAUCCUUUUAUUUCGACCUUUUCUGGGCAGAUUUGCAUUAGGAUGGAUACUUACAGCUUUGUGAGAAUGUCCUUUGUUGUUUCAAAUUUGAUAAUUUUUGUUUUAUGGGAGCUAAGUGAAAUGGGCCUUUAGAAAGCUGUCUGUAGCAAUCAAAAAAUCCAAUUCUCAAGCUGUGCCCUAGGGAAAAAAUUCUACAUUCUGUGAAGCUGUUCCCUUAUAUAAGUGUAUUCAUUCUGAAUGACUUAGUGCCUCAUUUCUUUGAGAUGUCUUUGGGUACUCAUACAGAUUGCAAUGUGGAUUAAAAGUAUUCCAUUUUCAGAGACUUCUUACUAACUUUAAAAAGUCUGGUCAGGUCUGCAGGUGUUGUAAUGGGUCAAAAAUCGCAUCAGUGGAAUAAAUAAGUCUUUAAGUAUCAUUUACAGGAAAAUCCCAAAUGCAGUUUUGGGGGAAAAUAGAUUUUGGUGAUGUCUUAUCUAUUCUUGACAGCCUGAUCAAAACCUAUGGAAACUUGUUGGGGUUUUUUUGUUUGUUUUAUUUUAAACUAAAAAAAAAAAUUCAAUUUGAUGUUGAAAGUAUGACACAGGAUGCAAAUAUGGAUUUUGGAAGUGCACUUCUAAAAUGAUCAUCAGGAUGGUCUUAUUCUUGGGAUGGCAAUGAUACAAGAAAUCAAUUUUGGUUUCACUUUUCAUUUUGAUAUCACUUGUAGAAGCCACAGUCUCUAAUGCACAAUACUGUUACAAGGAAAACCACUAGUAUGGGUGGUGAGGAGAGAGGGGAAGGAGCUCUAGCAGAAGGUAUGAAAUUGAACCAAAUAGUUCAAAAUAUGGAAUGAUGCUGUAUGUUGAAUUUGCAGUACUAAACUACUGUUACCUUUUCUUAUCUUUUCUCUUAAAGCUUCUUGGAUUUCUGGUGUUGACUGUUCUGUUUUUCUUCCCUCCUAUAUCUAAAAAUAAGAUCUAAUUUUGGUGAGAGAAUGCUCUGGCCUCUCUGGGCCUUCCCAGUGCCAUCUACAAUAUAUUAGUAGUUGUCCACCAGUAUCAAAUCAGCUAAUGACAAAUUGAGUAAUUUGUGCAUUUUUCAUGUUGUCUUUCUGAUGGGCCUUCAACAAAAGCAGUUCUUGAGUGUAGCCAAAACCUUUGAGGCCGUAGAAGUUAGCUGAAGGAUUCAAGACAAACGUUCCAUGAAAAAUGAAAGUAUUUUCAUGUCUUACUAAGCUCAAAAUGAACAUCUGCUGCUGCAUUUUAGCACCCGGCAUAAGAAAAAUUGCUCUUCAAAGGAGCCUGCAUUUGUAAAACCAAGCACAGUUAAAUUCUUGUGUUGCUUGAUUGGAAACUGGCUUUUGUCAUUUUGUGGGUAUUCAGUAUCUCUUUAGCUUAUGGGUAAAUCAUACUUCUACCUUCCCUUCCUUGCCUUGUCUUCUCCUACAGAGGCACAUACCUAAGGCAGUGAAAUCUUCUGGGUCUGACACAGACAAGAUUAAAAUUUUACAAGUGACAUUUGUUGGGGGGGGGUUCAUUUUGGCUUUUUUUUCCCCUCAAGAUAUGAUAGAAAUGCAGGCAAAUUUUUAGAACAGAGAUUAAGUAAAAUCCACCCUCUGAGUGAUGGAGGAGUGAGAGACAGGAAUGCAUUUAAGUAUUAUUAAUGCCUAUUUUAAAAAGGAAGUGGGCUGGAAAAUGGAGCUACAAAUGUCAGUUCUUUAAAGCAAAAUACCAGUGCUUGAAAGAAUUAGAAACACACCCAUUAAAAAGGCAGAACUCAGCUGAGGCAACUCUAUCUUCAAACAGCCAAGGGAGGAAUCACACUGACAGUGUCUGAGGUGACUUACUGUGACCCCUCAGCACUGCCUUGGAAGCAAAUGCUACUAAAUGGAUUUUUCCAGGCAUCCUCCCAUGUAAAGUGGUGCUGAGAGGGAGCAUCCAGGGUCUGCAGCUCCUGCUCACUGCAAGUGCUGCUGUGAGGAAACACCCUGGGGUGUGUCCGUGAGCUCUGGAGGAUGAGUAAUUGGGCAGGGAGUGGUUACAGGAGAGUUGGCAGUUGAAUAGUGUUAAUCACAGUGAUGACUUUAAUAGCAUUUAAUAGACACUUAUCUGAAUUCAGAGUCAGAUGCAAUACUGCUCUUUUAAAAACAAUUUCCAAUGCCACUAACUUUCUGUCAUGAAGAGCCACUAAAAUUUCCAUUUUUCUGUUGGAUGUUGGGAAAAGUGCUUCUCUUGCUUUUUCAGCUCUGGAGAUAAGUUGUCUGUCUGCACUAGAAAACCCAUUUUCAGUUGAUAACUUAAAGCAACUGUUUGGGGUUGAAGAUUCCCUCCCAGGCAAUGCCUUAAAAACUAACAAAAAGGUGUUUCCAAAAUAGGUGGCUGAGGAACACGGGUAUUUGUAAAUGGUAACCAGCAAAUACCCUCAACCUAUAUAGGGCAUAAUCAGUAAAGUCUAAAUUAGUAUUCCAGCUUCACUCUUUGUAUAAGUUUGACUCUGUUGGGUAAAUUACUCGUAUUCUUGCAGAUGCAGGUACUGAGUGCACAGUACCAGCCAGGGUCUAUUCUAGUCUUAUAGUACUGAAGUAUCAAGCAAAUGCUUUAGGGAGAAGGUGGGGGGAUGUUAGCCACAACAGAGCAGAUUGCAGAUGAUUCAUGGAUAAUUUAGCUCUAGUUAAGCCUGAAUUAAAUUUCACUGCUUAGUUCUAUUACUGUCCCUUUUGCAAUUCGACCUUCAGACAAAAUCCUACUAGGAAGAAGUGCUCCAUUCCCCUUUCUGAAGAGCAAACCUUCCUGAUGAGCAAAAUGCCAUCCAGGAAGGGCUGGAGAAGGAGAAAAAUGAGCUUUUAAAUGUGUGCAAACCUUCCCAAUCUACAUGAAGUCAUGUAUUCUUCCUAAACACAAGUUUAUAGCAGGUCUGGUUGCAUUUGAACAGUGCUGAAAAGCAGUGGGGUUUCUGCCAAGCUCAUCAUAACCUUUCAAACAGCACCAAAACCAAGAGCUGGUCCUCUCCACGUUACUAAAUUGAGCCUCUAAACCAGCCAGCCCUGUGGAGUAUUUGUUUUGCAGCAUUGACAGCUCUGAACUAAGCCAGACACUUUCUGCAUGUGUUUUGAUUGGUUUUAAUAUAUUUCUUGGGGUUUAUUUUAUCUAAAGCUAUUUUUAUUGUUAUCAGUCAUGUCAGCUGAAAAGUAAUCAAAUGGAAACAUGAAGGAGCGACUGGACCUCUGAACACCUGUCUGCCAUAGACACUUAUUAAAAUACUGCCUUAAAAUGAGCUGGUAGGUUCUUGUGAUAGAUAACCUUAUCUCUGGAUGGAACAGGAAACCAAAAUCUUACAGAGAAUCACUUAAGCCUUUAUUUUGGUGUGACCCCUCAGAGCCUGAACACUCACAAGCUGUUCAGUGUCCCUGGUUUAAUGUGUUUUCCAAGCUGUUGCUGAUGCACACAAAAAUAAACAAGAGCCAGCUGUGUUGGCCAUGUAGAAAAUUUAGUGAGAUGCAGCUUUUGUUAAAAAGAAGAGGACAAAAUCAAUAGGAAAAGAAAUGUUUUCAGGCUUCUUGGAGUGCAAACAAUGGAAUAAAAAAAGCAGCCUUGGAGAACUGGCAGUGCACUGUCUGCUGAAAACCACUGCUUUAAGCAAAUGAAUUUGGCUGCUUUGUAACAUCUGCUUUAUUUUGAUAACAAACUCCUCUCAGUCAGAGUUUUAUGUCUUAUUGUGUGCUUUUAGUCUGAAGAGAGAAGAUACAUUCAGCUCCUUAGGAAGUUGAAUAUAUCUCUGCUUUGUGACUAGUUAGAUUAUGAUUAUUGAUUACUAAUUGCCAGGGGACAUUAAUAUAUGAAGUACUGAACUUGUUAAUGAUUAAAUGGUUCUGAAUUUCCAUGCACAGGAACUUCAUUGGUCCUUCCUGAUCUAUCGUGUCGCUUCUUGAAGUUAAUUAUCACUUUUGAGGCAAUACAUUAGGCAUGUGGAAGGUUUGUUGCUUUGGCAAAUGGAGCUGGAAGGUGUGACCAUCAUUCCCUUUAGGAACUAUUUAUCCUUUUAUCUAAGCAAUGAUAGUUCUUUUUGGAUGUCCAAGGAUAAAGAGAUAAUAGCUAGGGAACUAGACUGAUCCUAUGGGGAGUUUCUCAGGGCAAUAAAAUACUGUGAUUUCCUUUUUUUCAUGCUGCCCUUUUGAACUUUGUUAAAAGGUAUUCUGCUGAAUAUUGGAUGAUUAAUGCUGCUUUUUUCCCCCCCUUUUUCUUUCUUUUAAUCUUUUUUUUUCCUUUCACCUUGUUUAAUAAUAGCAAGAUAUUUGUUUUAUUGUGGGUUAAAAGUUUAUACUGGCCUCUUUUUUGUCAGUAUUAAGUUUUAACUCUAAGUACUUUUAACUUAAUGACUUCAACUACUUUCAACUUCCUCUUCUGAAAGUCUGUUCUGCUCUGUCUCCUUAUUCUCUUCCCGAUUUUCUCUCUUCUAUCUUUUAUGUCCUUUUACAUUGUCAUACCCUAGCCCCUCUCACUACCAUGGUGCUUCUUAGACUGUAAACUCUGUUAGCUGUUAAGUUAGUUUAGUUGCCAUUUUAUAAUUUUAAUUUCAUCUGUGUCCAUAGGGAACGUGGUCCGAUUUUUGGAGGCCUGCAACACCAACCAGAGUGUAAACAGUGCUAUGUCAGCUAGGAAGAUAAGAGACUACAAUAGCUGUUGUGUCUUUGGCAUGGACCAGUAUUGGAUGUCUAAAAAGAAAAUUCUGUUAUUUGCAUAUUACUCCAUAGGAAUACUUAAGCUUAUUUCAGGUAACAGUAGUUCUCAUCCUGAUUACAGGACUUCAGAAACGUUCUUGUCUCUGUAUUUCCCUGUUCCUGCAGAUUGUUUUCAAACAUUUGCACUGUUUAGAGUGGGGGAAAAGCUUUCUGACUUCCUUCACCUCCUCAGCUCUCUCUCUCUCACCCCAGCUGGCCAAGCAGACAGGCUGGUAACAGAGCACGUCCCACGGCUCGUCGGCCCUUCAGUCAGUGUCAUUCUUCAGGGUCUGCUCUGUAAGGUAAUGUCAGUCCUGGGCUUAUGUAGUGGUAAGUUAGACCUCUGUGACUACUCCUGCUGACUUAAAAAAUAUGUGUUCUUAUCAGUAUUAAAAUAGUACAAAAGCAGAGCUGUUGCUUUAGGCACAUUUCUUGCCACUGUGUUGGUUAACGAACCUUGAAUGAAAGUAAGAGGGCCAGGGGCUCUGAAAUAGGAGCUGUUAGCCAAGUGUUGUAGAAUCAUAGUCCUUAUUUAUUUUGUAUGCUAAUCUGCACUUGUGACUCUGAGCAGAAAAGCUGCAGUACAGCAGGUUUUAUAAGCUGUGGCUUAACCAGUUAUCUAGUCUCUUAAAACUGAUUUAAACUGACUGGUUUUAUGCGCAGGUCAGAACCCUGUUGUCACUGAGCAUUAAAUGCUGUGCAUAUUGUACUUCCAUUUACAUGGAUUGUUCUAAUAGUGCUUGUGUGUAUUAUGCUACAUUGCCAUAUUUUUUUAUAUAUGUAUGUAUUGCAUGAGGUUUAAUUGGGAUUUUUUGUAUUGUCACUUUUGUAUUCACACAGUGCCUCAUGUAUCUAUUUGCAUAUUGCAAGAAAUUGUUUCAAAGCAGUGAUUGGAAACAGGUGGGGAUAAGAACUCACCACUGUAGGAUCUGAUGUUUCUGAAGUAUUAAUAAAGUAUAGUGAUUCAAA